UUGAGGUUAAUGGACUUGGGCCGGACACGAAAUGUCGUCGUUCUAACCAGAUGCUUGCUUAAUUCUUCGCCGUCUGAGAGACCUUAGGCAAAAUGGAAGCUCUGAUAGCCUCAUACGGCGACGUAUCAUCAGAUUCAGACUCCGAUUCUCCUCCUUCAACAGCGACAGCUAGGGUUCCUAAUCCGCCACCGGAGAUUACUACACCUUUGCCACCUCCACCUGUAUCACUUCUAGUGCCGCCUAAUUCUAUAGAUUACCUUCAAGCUUGCCAGCCAAAUCGUGUGAGGAGCUUUGAACAUGUUGAAGGCAACUACGCUUUACACGUGUACAUUCCAGUUCACAUACCAGCAACUUCAAAGAAAGAAAUUAUCUUAUUUUUGAAGAAGGUAUCCACACUUGUGCCUGGUCUUCAUGUUGUCGAUGUCGAUAUUCCACUUGAUACUCUGCGUAAAGAUGAUCGAAAGCUUGAACAAAUCGCGGUAGGAAGAGAGUUUCACAUUAGCUUGGGUAGAACUGUCCCGAUACGAGUGCAUCAGAUUGAUUCUGUUGUAUCUAUGCUUCGCCAACGACUUCAGUUGAAAAAGCCAUAUUGGAUUGAUUUUAGUAAGUGGGAGGUUUUUGUUAAUGAUGAGAAGACUCGCACUUUCCUUUCGUUAGAAGUUGUUACCGGAGGAUUAGCUGAGAUCACCAAGCAAAUUGAAUCAGUUAAUUUGGUGUAUAAGCUUCUUAAUCUUCCUGAGUUUUAUAAGGAUCCACGCCCACAUAUAUCAUUGGCUUGGGCAAUGGGGGACAUCAGUGAUUCCAUGAAGAGGGUCGUCAAAGAAGAAAUGAAUAAAUCAAGCAGUCGGGUUUCAUCACAAAAUCAUAUAUUUACUUGUAAAUUCAGUGGCAUUGAGUGUAAGAUUGGGAAUAAAACAUAUAAGAUAUGUAAAUUUCUUGAUGGUUAAUAAAAUAAAACCUUACACUUUUAAAA